CUUUUCAAAAAGAGAAACCGCGUUUGGGGAGGAAUCGUAUGUCCAUAUUUCUUCUUUCAGCCUCAUCAAGGGUCGUGGUUGGAACUUUCCACCAAUUCGUUCCUUUUUUUUUUCCUCUCUCUAGCCUUGGCCCUGCCGCUUUGCCUGUCACAGUGAAGUCCGCGGCAGGCCUCCAGUGCAUGGCAGUUAAACUCCGCGAAAUUUGUCAUAAGGGUGUCAGGUAUUUCUUACCGGCUUCCCAAAAACUUAGAUAAAAAAAUCUUUCCCUGGAGUGUCCCCUUCAGGCUGCAUUUUGACGCUGUCUUGAGUUGAAGGAGAAGGAGCUCGAGGGCAACAGGGCAGCAGAGGAAAAGAUGCCCCAGGGCUGCAGGCCAACCCGGGUGGACACGCUGGGGGUCAGACAUACCCACCUUGCUCGGGCUAUGCUCAAGCAAAGUCAGCUUAUUUUCUAUUGAGAGUUCAGGCCCGUCAAGAUUAUGCUGCUCUUCCUUAUCAUUCUGUUGCCGGUAGUUUUUAAAUUUAGUUUUGUUAGCCUCUCAGCACUGCAGCGCUGGAGCUGUCCUGAAGCUGCUCCCUCGGGAAAUGGGAAUUCUACUUGUGUGGGUCCUGCACCCUUCUUAAUUUUCUCCCAUGGAAACAGGAUCUUUAGGAUUGACUUAGAAGGAACUAAUCAUGAGCAAUUGGUGGCAGAUGCUGGCAUAUCCAUGAUCAUGGAUUUUCAUUACAGUGAAGAAAGAAUCUAUUGGGUCGAUCUAGAAAGACAACUUUUGCAAAGAGUUUUUCUGAAUGGGACAAGGCAAGAGAAAAUAUGCGAGAUAGAGAAAAAUGUUUCAGGAAUGGCAAUAAAUUGGAUCAAUGAAGAACUUAUUUGGUCAAAUCAACAGGAAGGAAUCAUUACAGUAACAGAUAUGAAAGGAAACAAUUCCCGUGUUCUCUUAAGCGCCUUAAAAUAUCCUGCAAAUAUAGCAGUUGAUCCAGUAGAAAGGUUUAUGUUUUGGUCUUCAGAGGUGGCGGGCAGCCUUCACAGAGCAGAUCUCGGUGGUGUGGAAGUGAAGCUUCUGUUAGAGACAUCAGAGAAAAUAACAACUGUGUCAUUGGAUGUGCUUGAUAAACGGCUCUUUUGGAUUCAGUACCAUAGAGAAAGAAGCAAUUCUCGUAUUUGUUCCUGUGAUUACGAUGGAGGUUCCGUCCAUUUUAGCAAACAUCGCACACAGCACAAUUUUUUUGCGAUGUCCCUUUUUGGUGAUCGUAUUUUCUAUUCAACAUGGAAAAAGAAGACAAUUUGGAUAGCUAACAAGCACACUGGGAAGAAUAUGGUUAAAAUUAACCUCAGUCCAUCACUUGUACCACCUGGUGGAAUUAAAGUAGUGCAUCCACUCGUACAGCCCAAGGCAGAGGGUGAUCCUUGGGCACCUGAUCAGAAACUCUGCAAACUGAGGAAAGGUAACUGCAGAAACAGCACGUGUGGGCAAGAGCCUAAGUCCCAUGUGUGCAUGUGUGCAGAGGGAUAUGCUUUAAGCCAAGAUGGAAAGAACUGUGAAGAUGUCAACGAGUGUGCCUUUUGGAAUCAUGGCUGUACUCUUGGGUGUGAAAACACCCCUGGAUCCUAUUAUUGCACAUGCCCUGUAGGAUUUGUUCUGCUUCCUGAUGGGAAACGGUGUCACCAAUUAAUUUCCUGCCCAAGCAAUGUGUCUGAAUGCAGUCAUGAUUGUGUUCUGACAUCAGAUGGUCCCAUAUGUUUCUGUCCUGAAGGCUCAGUGCUUGAGACAGAUGGGAAAUCCUGUAGUGGUUGUUCAUCUCCCGAUAACGGUGGAUGUAGCCAGCUCUGCAUCCCUCUCAGCCCAGUAUCCUGGGAAUGUGGCUGCAUUCCGGGGUAUGACCUACAACUGGACAAAAAGAGCUGUACAGCCUCAGGACCACCACCGUUUUUGCUGUUUGCCAAUUCUCAAGAUAUUCGACACAUGCAUUUUGAUGGAACAGAUUAUGGAACCCUGCUCAGCCAGCAAAUAGGAAUGGUUUUUGCCCUAGAUCAUGACCCUGUGGAAAAUAAGAUAUACUUUGCCCAUACAGCCCUAAAGUGGAUAGAGAGAGCAAAUAUGGAUGGUUCCCAGCGAGAAAGGCUUAUUGAGGAAGAAGUAGGUGUGCCAGAAGGUCUUGCUGUAGACUGGAUUGGCCGUAAAUUCUAUUGGACAGACAGAGGGAAAUCUCUCAUUGAAGGGAGUGAUUUAAGUGGGAAGUAUCGUGAAAUAAUCAUUAAGGAGGACAUCUCUCAGCCACGAGGACUUGCUGUUCAUCCAAUGGCCAAGAGAUUAUUCUGGACUGAGAUGGGGAUUAAUCCACGAAUUGAAAGUUCUUCCCUUCAAGGCAUUGGCCGACUGGUUAUAGCUAGCUCGGAUCUGGUCUGGCCCAGUGGAAUAACAAUUGAUUACUUAACUGACAAGUUGUAUUGGUGCGAUGCCAAGCAGUCUGUGAUUGAAAUGUCCAAUCUGGAUGGUUCAAAACGCCAAAGACUUGCCCAGAACGAUGUAGGUCACCCAUUUGCUGUGGCUGUGUUUGAGGAUCAUGUGUGGUUCUCUGAUUGGACUAUGCCAUCGGUAAUAAGGGUGAACAAGAGGACUGGCAAAAAUAGGGUACGUCUCCGAGGCAGCAUGCUGAAGCCCUCAUCACUGGUUGUAGUUCAUCCAUUGGCAAAACCAGGAGCAGAUCCCUGCUUACAUCAAAACGGAGGCUGUGAACAUAUUUGCGAAGAGAGGUUUGGAACUGCGCAGUGUUUGUGUCGCGAAGGCUUUGUGAAAGCUCCAGAUGGAAAAACGUGUCUGGCUCUGAAUGGCCAUCAGAUAUUGGCAGGUAGUGGAGCAGAUCUGAGUAAUGGAGUAAUACCGUUGGACAUCUUACCCAGCAGUAGAGAGCUUGAAGAUAAUAUUACAGAAUCUCAACAUAUGCUAGUGGCUGAAAUCAUGGUGUCAGAUGAUGAUGACUGUGGUGCCUUGGGAUGCAGUACACAGGCUUGGUGUGUUUCAGAGGGAAAGAAUGUCACAUGUCGGUGUUUGAAAGGAUUUGCCGGAGAUGGAAAACUGUGUUCUGAUAUAGAUGAAUGUCAGAUGGGUAUCUCAGUUUGCCUUCCCACCUCCUCCAAGUGCAUCAAUACUGAAGGUGGCCAUGUCUGCCGGUGCUCAGAAGGCUACCAGGGAGAUGGGAUCCACUGCCUCGAUAUUGAUGAGUGCCAACUGGGCGUGCACACCUGUGGGGAAAAUGCUGCCUGUACAAAUACGGAGGGAAACUACACCUGCACAUGUGCUGGCAACUUGUCUGAACCUGGACGGAUUUGCCCUGACUCGACUCCACCCUCUCAUCCCAGGGAGGAUGGCCGCUCUUCUGUGAGAAAUAUUUACCCCGAAUGUCCCCCGUCCCAUGAUGGGUACUGCCUCCAUGGCGGUGUGUGUAUGUAUCUUGAAGCAGUCGACAGCUAUGCCUGCAACUGUGUCGUUGGCUACGUCGGGGAGCGGUGUCAGCACCGAGACUUGAAGUGGUGGGAGCUGCGCCAUGCCGGCCGCGGGCGGCAGCGGAGCAUCACCGCGGUGGCCGUCUGCGUGGUGGUGCUGGUCCUGCUACUGCUCUUGGGGCUGUGCGGGGCUCAGAGAUACAGGACUCAGAAGCUGCUAUCGAAAAAUCCAAAGAAUCCUUAUGACGAGUCGAGCAGAGAUGUGAGCAGUAUCAGGCCUGCAGAUGACGAGGCUGGGAUGUCCUCUUGCCCCCAACCUUGGUUUGUGGUUAUAAAGGAACAUCAAAACUUCAGCAAUGGGAGUCAACCUGUAGCCCUCAAGGACAGCCUGGUGGCAGAUGUUGGCCAGUUUUCUUCCCUGGAACCUGGGUCAUUGCAACCAACAUCAUGGAGAAAGGAGCCCCAGAUGUAUAUGGGCACAGAACAAGGAUGCUGUGUUUCAUCAUCCAGUGAUAAAGGCUCUAGCCACCAGAGAAUGAAGUGUAGCUUUCAUCUCCCCUCCUAUGGGGCAUGGCCCAUUGCUGGGGGAGUUGAGAAGUCCCAUUCUCUCCCGUCAGCUUACCCAUUAUGGCAACAAAGAGCUCCGGAUCCACCACACCAAAUGGAGCUGACGCAGUGAAAGCUGGAAUUAAAAGUAAGAUCAAGAGGAACAAACUGUAUUGAUGGAUAGUCAUACUUCAUUUCAAAAAGUAGAGGAAAAAAUACAGAUUUCAUUCUACAAUCUCUACAACUAAUCACCUACUCAGCGUCGGAGACAAAGAUGUAUUGUGCUUUUGCUUCUUCCUUCAAGCAGUCUCACUGCAGAUUUUCAAGUAAAAGUAACCUGGAGAAUCACUGGGUAACUCAUUAGAAACCAAAAUGGGGAAAGUAGUGCUUUGUAAACUGUGUUGUCUUCAAUAUUCAAUACAGACAGAUUUUUUUUUUCCUGCAGCCCCAGAAGAAAUUUGGGGUUAAAACAAUCAAUCAUACAGGUUGGGUCAGUUAUAAAGUAAUUUCUCUUAUCUGGACAGAACAUUCAGCUCAAUCUUAUGAAAUGGUUAGAAUAUUAAAAUUAUUGUUAUUGAUAUAAUACAUCAGUAGGCAUUUAACUUAUCAUUGGUGUGGUCCAUGCUGGUAAUUUUGCAGAAUGAAUUUUGAUAAAUUAAUGAAAAAUGUACUAACUUAGAACCUGAUUUCUUCCAAAUUGGAUGGCUUAUUUUUUCUUUAAAAAUCUUUGAAUGAAAACAUUUAAUUUUUAAAACAUUACCCAAGAGACUUCUGUGUUUCUGACAUUACUAUUCUUUCCCCCACAUAAUUUUUUCUCUAAUGAAAAUGGUAAAUUCUCCCUUUGUAUGUUUGCACAGAAUUUUUACUUAUUUUCAAAAUAUGAGAUUGUAAGCAAAUUGCCUGAUUUAUUUUAAUUUUGGACAGCAAUCAAUUUCUUCUAAUUAUUUAAAUAAAAUCAGCAUUAAACAUAAACAUUUUAUUGUACACCUGGUUAAGUAAUAAAUUAUAGUUUAAGGAGAUGUUAGAGUUGAAGCAAAGUGAUUUUCUAAGCUUGCUAUUGUUACUUUACAAAAAAAAUCAUAUUUGAAAUCUUUCUCUCUAAUGUUAAAAAGUAAAAUUUCACAAAGUGUUCCAAUUAAAUAUCGUUCUUGCAGCCAAGACACUGUUACUACAAAUUACACAACCUAAUACUGUAACUGUGGAUUGUUUGGAGCUUUGGAUUAUUCAGUUUAUGCAUUAACUAGUCCCUUUGCUUAUCUUUUCUUUCCUUUCUCUUGAACUCCUUGGACUUUGGUUACACCAGAAGUCAGCAUGAAAAGGAGUUGAAGCACAUCUCAAGUAGAUACUUCUUAGAAGUUUUGGUAAAGAUUUCGUGGCAGAGUUA